AUUCAUCCCCCUACGGCCUGCCAAGUGUUUCCAAACCCAUUUCCUAGAAGACUCCUUCCUAUUCCCCAUCUCUCUCUCUCUCUCCCCUCCAAUCCAAACUACUCCCUACUAAACUAAUCUUCUUCUUCACACACAAUAUUCAUGUCAAACCAGAGAAGAAUCAGAGAAGCUUUUCCAUCUUCACCUUCUCAUUCAUGCAAUUAACAGAUUUCCCAUUCUCUGCAAUGCUCACCAUCCUCAACAAAAAGCUCAAGCGCCUCUGUUUUACUCUCCGGUGGCCGAUUCGCCGCCGCUCCAAAUCCAAACUCAUCAUCAAAAAGCUCGGAAAGUCCUCCCAAUCUCAUCCUCAAGACUCAAUUACAAAUGGGUCUGCGACAGUUCAUCCAAACUGUCAAUCAAAUGGUGUCAAAUCCAAAAAGCCGAUACGUAUAGCGACGUUUAAUGCUGCCCUGUUUUCCAUGGCACCUGCAGUUCCAAAGACUGAGAGUUCUCCGAGCUUUGACUAUCGAAAUGAAGAUCAAAACAAGGCUAAUCAAUCAAUUGAUUUCAAUUUGAGAACAAAAUCGGCGAAUGAUCGCCCGAAAAGCAUUCUAAAGCAAUCUCCCCUGCAUCCCAAUUCCAUGAAUGAUUCGGAUAAUCUUACCAAACAGCAAAAGUUUGCGAAAUCUAAGUUGCGGGUUUCGAUCAAUUUGCCCGAUAAUGAGAUAUCGUUGAAGAGGAGUGGGCAUUUGAGCUUUGUUGAGGAUGAAAAUGGAGCUUCUUCAAGCAAUACCAUUAGUAGAGCCAUGAAAGGGAAAGAACCAUUGGGGUCUUCUUUUAGGUUGGCUUCAAACAUUGCUAGUAAUGGUGUAGAUGGGCAGAGCUUUAGGAGUAGUAGGACAAUUGUUGAAGUGUUGAGAGAACUUGAUGCUGAUAUAUUGGGAUUGCAAGAUGUGAAAGCAGAGGAAGAGAAAGCCAUGAAGCCUUUGUCUGAUUUGGCUGAUGCUUUGGGGAUGAAUUACGUGUUUGCUGACAGUUGGGCUCCUGAAUACGGCAAUGCUAUAUUGUCCAAAUGGCCAAUUAAAAGGUGGAAUGUUCAGAAGAUUUUCGAUGACUCCGAUUUCAGGAAUGUUCUGAAGGCCACGAUAGAUGUUCCCGGGGUAGGAGAAGUGAAUUUUCAUAGCACCCACUUGGAUCACCUAGACGAGAACUGGCGAAUGAAGCAGAUAAAUGCAAUAAUCCAAUCAAAUGACGGCCCACAUAUUUUAGCUGGAGGCCUCAAUUCUCUUGACGAAACAGAUUACUCGCCAGAAAGAUGGACAGACAUUGUAAAGUAUUAUGAAGAAAUGGGAAAGCCAACACCAAAACUCGAUGUGAUCAGAUUUUUGAAGAGCAAACAAUAUGCAGAUGCUAAGGACUUUGCUGGGGAAUGUGAAUCAGUGGUCAUGAUUGCCAAAGGCCAAAGUGUGCAAGGGACAUGUAAGUAUGGAACUCGGGUAGAUUAUAUAUUGGCAUCGUCAGACUCGCCAUACAAGUUCGUUCCUGGAUCAUACUCGGUUUUUUCAUCGAAAGGGACUUCAGAUCAUCACAUAGUGAAAGUUGACAUGUUAAAAAUGGAAAGCGGUGCUGAACAAUGUGUCCAUAGGAAGCGACGGCAACAAAAGCAGAAAAUUGUAAAAAUAACUAACUCUUCUUCAUCGAAGGGCAUUUGGAAACACACAGAGAUAGAUAGGUAGAUUGGGCCACGAAUACUGUGUCCCCAAAAUCUCUGUCCCUUUGUUCUAUUUCAAUUGCACAAUGUGAUAAAUUUUUUGAAAGAUAUGAUUGUGCAGUUGAGAAUGCAAAGAGAUGAGACUUUGCAAAUAGAUGAUCUCGUGUCAGUUUGAUUGACUUUUCUUUUCUUUUUCUUUUUUUCUUUUUUUGGUUCGUUCUUUAUCUUUGCAUUGUCACUUCUUUUGGAUAAAAUGAAAGAAAUAGAUGAACUUUGCUGUGGUGA